UCGCCUCCCCUUGCCCCAACGCGGUGAAAGACCCCGCGGAAACUGGUGGGGAAGGCGUGCUCCAGCGCCGCCGCUCCCAGGCCUCUCCCCCGUCCCGCGCUCCUCCAGCCAAGCGCUGUUGCCGGGGCCCGGGCACCGCCCAGCUCCAGCGCAGGCCAAUGGUAGCGUGGCCCGGGCACCGCCUAGCCCCAGUGCAGGCCUAUAGCGGUGCGUCCCGGGCACCUCACUGAUCCUGCACCAGCCAAUAGCGGAGUGGCCCGGUGCGGGGUCCGCCCGCAGCCGGGCCAGGAGGCGGAGAGGCGGUCACCAGCUCCGCCCCACUCCCCUCUGACCCGGUGUAUCGUCUCUCUCCCUUCCUGUUCCAAACCACGUGGACGCGCCUGGGGCUGCGGGCUGCGGGAAGGAGCCCGGGCCGCCACUGCCGCUGUCGCCGUCGCCGCCGUCGCCGCGAUACCCGCGCCCAUCCGAAGUCGCCUCGCCCCGGCCGCCCGCGCCGUUGCAGAGGGCGUGCACAUGGCGACCCAGGCGCACUCCCUCAGCUACGCGGGCUGCAACUUCUUGCGCCAGCGUCUGGUCCUGUCUACUCUGAGCGGGCGCCCUGUCAAAAUCCGAAAGAUUCGGGCCAGAGACGACAACCCCGGCCUCCGAGAUUUUGAAGCCAGCUUCAUAAGGCUGUUGGACAAAAUAACUAAUGGUUCUCGAAUUGAAAUAAACCAAACAGGAACCACCUUAUAUUAUCAGCCUGGCCUCUUGUAUGGUGGGUCUGUGGAACAUGACUGCAGCAUCCUUCGCAGCAUUGGGUAUUAUCUGGAAAGUCUUCUCUGCCUGGCUCCAUUUAUGAAGCACCCGCUGAGAAUAGUUCUGCGAGGAGUGACCAAUGACCAGGUGGACCCUUCGGUUGAUGUUCUUAAGGCAACAGCGCUCCCUCUAUUGAAACAGUUUGGGAUUGAUAGUGAAUCGUUUGAGCUAAAGAUUGUGCGACGGGGAAUGCUCCCUGGAGGAGGAGGUGAAGUGUUUUUCUCAUGUCCUGUAAGGAAGGUCCUGAAGCCCAUUCAGCUCACAGAUCCAGGAAAGAUCAAACGUAUCAGAGGAAUGGCGUAUUCGGUACGCGUAUCACCUCAGAUGGCAAACCGGAUUGUGGAUUCUGCAAGGAGCAUCCUCAACAAGUUUAUACCCGAUAUCUAUAUAUACACAGACCACAUGAAAGGAGUCAACUCUGGGAGGUCUCCGGGCUUUGGACUGUGGCUGGUUGCUGAGACCACCAACGGCACCUUCCUCAGCGCUGAACUGGUCUCCAACUGCCAGGGCCAGGGGGCAGCGGUGCUUCCCGAGGACCUCGGCAGGAACUGUGCCAAGCUGCUGCUCGAAGAAAUCCAUAGGGGUGGAUGUGUGGACUCGACCAACCAAAGCCUGGCUCUGUUACUCAUGACCCUUGGACAGCAGGACGUUUCCAAAGUCCUUCUCGGACCGCUCUCUCCCUACACGAUAGAAUUUUUGCGGCAUUUGAAGAGCUUUUUCCAGAUUAUGUUUAAAAUUGAAACCAAGCCAUGUGGUGAAGAACUCAAGGGAGGGGAUAAAGUGCUGAUGACUUGUGUUGGCAUUGGCUUCUCCAACCUCAGCAAGACCCUCAAGUGACACUGUCACAAGAUGAAAGGCCCCAAGGCCUCUAGACACAGCAGAAGCUGCCAAGGAACCAAAGGGACCAAGUUCAUCCAGGACAGGAUGGCCUCUUGUAUUAAGGACUUUUAAAAUUUUCCAUUUAAAAACAAUCAGGAUAUCCGAAUAAAAGAUGUCUCUCUA